GUAUCCGGACUUUGCGAAAGCGGCAUUUGGCAUCUGGGGCAAGCGCCUCUCAUCCGUGACCAGCAUGCUCGCACUGCUGGGGAUGAUGUGCACCAGCUUGGUGCUCGAGGCCCAGAACUUCAACUUCCUCUUUCCCAUCUCCUGGCCCUGGCUCGGCUGCGAGAACUGCGGCCACAAGUGGUGGGCCUUGCUGCUGACACCUGUCACUCUGGUCUACGUCUUCGGGAACCCAG